AUGGGAGUCGGAGGCAAACCGAAGAGAGUCCGAGAUGAUGUCGUCGAAGUGGAUGUGGAUGCUAUCGACAUACCCGAUGGUCGAUGGCGUGUCGUCACAGAGCAUGUCCCAGAACGUCGCUUCAUGAUUGCCAGAUUCGCAACGAAUACGGAAAUUGCGGAAGCAAGAAAAGCCCUUGCUAACAAUAGCGAAGAUGACGUCAGUAGGAAACGAAAAAAGGAGAUGGAUGACCAGGGUUUUACAUAUUCGUGGUCAACGGAACAAAAAGUUCGACCUGGUCUGAAUGUGUUUGAUGAGAAAGGUAACGAACUCGAAUGGGACUAUGAACAUGACACGAGGUUCUUCGAUGAUCCUAACGUCAGUCCCCAGAAAGAUGAGGUUAAGUCGACCGAGGUUGAAUCAGGAGCUCCUCAGGCCAAAGUUGUUAGAGGGCGAGGAGCCAAGAAGGGAUCAUUUCUCUUUAAUGGUGAGGGUCAUACGCUUGCCUCAGAUGAUAUAGAUGAGACUUCUAUGAAGCGUAGACGUAUUGCAAGUCGGUUAACGAUACGCGACGAUGAGGACGAUGAAGAAGAUGACGAAGAAGACGACGUCUGGAAAAGAAAACCAAGCUCUCCGACACCACAACCAUGGGAUAGGCCCAAGGGUCGACUUGCUAAUCGAGUUACAAGGAUAUAA